UACAUUGGGUAAUACGGCGCCGUUUAAAAGCGCAGCGGCAUCUUCUUCUAUCCCUGCAGUCUGCGAUUGCAUUAUCCAUUUGUAAAGCCCACCCAAUACUUCUCUCAGACGAGUCUGCGGCAGAAACAAUGGCAGCCAUGGUCUCGCUUCAGAGCUCCAUGACCGCUCUUUCGCUCUCUUCCAGUUCCUUUCUUGGCCACCGCCUUCAGCCGUCCACAAUUUUCGCUGCGCCCGUAACAUCGAAAGAGAAGCCAUGUCUCAUAGUAAUGAAGCUCAAAAGAUGGGAACGGAAGGAAUGUAAGCCAAACAGCCUUCCUGUAUUACACAAAAUGCAUGUCAAGGUUGGAGACACAGUGAAAGUUAUAGCUGGCCGUGAUAAGGGAAAAAUUGGAGAAAUCACACAAAUUUUCAAACAUAAUAGCAAGGUGACAGUGAAAGAAAUAAAUUUGAAGACAAAGCAUGUAAAGAGCAGAGAGGAGGAAGAACAAGGACAGAUUAUUAAGGUCGAAGCACCCAUCCACAGCUCCAAUGUGAUGCUUUACUCGAAAGAAAAGGAUGUAGCAAGCCGGGUCGGUCACAAGACCCUUGAAAAUGGAAAACGAGUACGAUAUCUCAUAAAAACUGGGGAAAUAAUUGACAGCACUGACAAUUGGAAGAAGCUCAAGGAGGAGAAGAGCAAAACUGAAGUGGCUACUACUGCUUAAGGGUCCUCUUUCAACUGCACGUAUCACUGAUGUAGUUAUGUAUCUCAAAGGGUAUUUCAGUAGCCCAUAUUCCUAUUUCAGCAAACAUUUUUGUUGCGGUCUGUUGUGUUCAUUGAUGCAUAGUUGAGAUAUUGAUUUGGUAGUUCAUUGUUUAUCUAUAAUUUAUAACAUAUUCCCUUGGUUGAA